UGGAAGACAGAACGCUGGAAGAAUCUAUGCUGGAGAGGCGCGCUCCUCUGUGAUUCCACGCGUACAGUAUCCAUAUGUCGCAUAUAUGAGGGUUUUUUUUCUCCACCGUGAUUUCCUAUUAUCACUGAUGAACAUUGUGAAUGGACAUGACAUAAACCGGUAACAACUUGGUUUAUCGCCUUUACCGGAGUCUGUGAAAGCAAAAUGUUUAAAGGAAGGCAAGUCAGCUCAACAAAUGAGAUGAUGGCAUCGGUUGGACAAAAUGACCCAUUGCAUUCGAACGUACCCGCAACAAAAAUAGAAGUUACCGUCUCGUGCAGGAAUCUGCUGGACAUAGACACGUUUUCAAAGUCUGAUCCAGUUGUUGUGCUUUAUGUACAGGGUGCUGGGACCAAAGAAUGGCGAGAGUUUGGAAGAACUGAGGUGAUUGACAACACACUGAACCCAGAUUUUGUGAGAAAGUUUGUAGUGGACUACUUCUUUGAGGAAAAACAAAAUCUUCGAUUUGAUGUGUACAGUGUGGACUCCAGACGCUCAAAUUUCUCUAAACAUAAGUCCUUUCUUGGCCAGACAUUUUGCACCCUGGGGGAGAUCAUCGGCUCCAAGGGCGGCCGGGUGGAGAGGACCCUCUCGGGGAUUCCAGGAAAGAAGUGUGGAAUCAUUAUUUUCACAGCUGAAGAACUCAGUAACUGUAGGGAUAUCGCUACCAUGCAGCUCUGUGCCAAUAAGCUGGACAAGAAGGAUUUCUUUGGGAAGUCCGAUCCCUUCCUGGUGUUCUACCGCAGUAAUGAGGAUGGCACGUUCACCAUAAGUCACAAAACAGAGGUGAUAAAGAACACAUUAAAUCCGGUGUGGCAACCCUUCACAAUUCCAGUGCGUGCUCUCUGUAAUGGGGACUAUGACAGGAUAGUCAAAGUGGAUGUUUAUGAUUGGGAUCGAGAUGGGAGCCAUGACUUUAUUGGAGAGUUUACAACCAGCUACAGGGAGUUGUCUCGAGGUCAGAGCCAGUUUAAUGUGUAUGAGGUUUUAAACCCUAAAAAGAAAGGCAAAAAGAGAAAAUACAUCAACUCUGGAACGGUAACACUGUUGUCCUUCAAAGUUGAGUCUGAGUACACAUUUGUGGAUUUUAUUCGGGGCGGGACUCAGCUUAACUUCACAGUGGCCGUAGACUUCACUGCCUCUAAUGGUAACCCAUCCCAGCCCACCUCUCUGCACUACAUGAGCCCCUACCAAAUGAAUGCCUACGCCAUGGCGCUGAAAGCAGUGGGAGAGAUCAUACAGGACUAUGACAGUGACAAGCUCUUCCCUGCUUAUGGCUUCGGAGCCAAGCUGCCCCCGGACGGCAAAAUCUCACACGCUUUUCCUCUGAACAAGAACAGUGAAGAUGCCAACUGUGUGGGUAUAGAGGGGGUUCUAGAGGCUUAUUUCGAGAGCCUUACAACAGCACAGCUGUUUGGACCCACCAAUUUUGCACCAAUCGUCAACCUUGUGGCUCAGAUGGCGGCGAAUGAGACGGAUGGGUCGCAAUAUUUUGUCUUGCUAAUCAUCACAGAUGGGGUUAUAUCAGAUAUGGUCCAGACUAAAGAGGCUGUGGUUAAUGCUGCUAGCUUGCCAAUGUCUAUUAUAAUUGUUGGAGUUGGACCCGCUGAGUUUGAUGCCAUGGAGGAGCUGGAUGGUGAUGAAGUGAGGGUGUCCUCUAGGGGGCGCUAUGCUGAGCGAGACAUUGUUCAGUUUGUGCCGUUCCGGGACUACAUAGACCGGUCAGGGAACCAGGUGCUGAGCAUGGCACGGUUGGCUAAGGACGUUCUGGCAGAGAUUCCAGACCAGCUGCUGUCCUUCAUGAAGAGCAGGGGCAUCGAGCCACGGCCAGCACUCUCUUCCUCUUCCUCCUCCUCCAUACCACCAAUACACCAGCAAGUGUGACGGAGAGGAAGGAGAAGUCACAUAGCUCUGCUGUGCGCCCCACCCCCAACACGGACAUACAGACUCUGUCUCGUCGGAUUUGUGUGUUUCUGACAGUACAUUGUGUCUUGUCAUUGUGUGUUUUUGUUUGAAAUGAACAAGGCAAUGAGAAGAAAUAUAUCUUCUCCUUGUGUAUAUACAUAUAUACCUUCGACACACAUGCAGGCUCUCUCUCUCUCUCUCUCUCUUGCUCUGUCUGUCUGUCUUUCUGUUUUUUUUUUAGUUCUUGUUUCACAUAAGGCAUGACUGCAUACUCAUGCUUUCGUCCAGACUACAGAGGUCUGUAUAGAGAUAUAUGGCUGGGGUAAUGUGAGGUGAGGUAAGAUUCCAUCUCCAUUUCCAUUGCAGCAAAAUGCAAAAGAGACUAAUUCAAUAAACCAGCUAUGCCAAUUUGUAUUCAUCUUGUGCACACAAGCAUUAGCAUUAGCUGUUACAAGUUGUUUUAACCAAUAAGACAACAUGCUUUAGGGGGGAAUGGGGGAAAGCCCAUAAUUCCAUGUCUUCAUUGACAGUACAUAUCAUUAAUUAUGAACUACAUUUUGAAGAAACUCGUUACUGGUUUCUAUGUACUUUCUUUCACCUGUGUGGAUGGCAGUUUGUCAGGCGUGUAAGGAGCGGAGCUGUGCGUACCAGGUCACAUGUUCAUUAGUGCCAGUCACCCACCCACCAGCUCCCUGCCACUCUACCUUCUCCACAGGACGCAGGGAGCGCUGGGCACAGCUCCUCACCCGCUGCUAAAGAAAUGCCAGUCUGUGGUAUCCCCACAGAGAGAGGGAGAGAAAGAGAGACAGAUAUAGAGAGAGAGAGAUAGAGAGAGAGAGAGAGAGAGAGCAAAGGAUAGAGGAGGAGUCAGAGGUAAUGUAAUAUAUCAGUGGGUGUGCAUUGGCUGGAGAGGCUGUGAGGGAGAGUGUUGACAGGCAGAGAGUUUGCAUGCCACCCUGCCAUGACCACUGGCCUGCUACUGCCAUGAGCUUUCCCUGUGUCCGAAACCCUGUGUCAGUGAACAGCAGCCAUGUUGACACAUGUAGCUGUGCUUUUCCACAAUGCUAUUCCAUUUUAAGUGGCCUGUCCAGUGCUAUCCCUGAGCAUUUGUAAGGUUGUCAUGAGAACAACUCCAGAUGCAUUGUGUCCGUUUCCAUAACGAUCCAUAAUAAUCUGCCUAAUGAUGCACAUACCUGGUGUUUUAAGUACUUGUUUAUGCAGAGCAUGAUAAUUGUUAUAUACCAUAAUUUGUUUAUACUCAAGCCCUCGACUUCCAUGUCAUAGUGGUGAGAUCUGGUGUAAAAGUGAACUUAUUAUAAAUGUGGAUGUGGUUCCAGUCUCUUUCACAAAGAACUCAGUGUUCAUCUGUGUAAUUACCUGUCUGUGCUGUUCUGAUCCCCAGUGCUGCCUGUUUUAAGUAGUCAUAGUCUGGCUUGUACUACAGUUUGCAUAAACUGCAAGUUUGACUUUUUUCUAUUUUGUGGGUUGCCAACGUAGGGCAGUGAAAGAAAAUGUUCAUCGAGAAAUAAUGUUUACAGCCUGGAGACACAUGCACUGACCUACUGUGAUUUGAAAAAGGGAAGAAUUCGGAGGAUCUCCUGAUAUACUGUAUUCACACUGUGCAUUCGUAAAAUCCUUCCUUCAUCGCAUCUGUUCUACCAGGAGGACUCAGAAACAAAAUUGAAUUCAACAUGUUUAGUACUACCUAAACGGUGACAUAAACAUUCAUUUAAAAAUGUAAAUGUCUUUGGCAAAAGAUUCAGUCAAGGUUCUAGCAUCUAAUUAUGAAUACAGCAUUAGCUCUAGCCAGUGCAACGUAACGUGUCCAAGUCUAAGAAGGCUAUCCCUGACAGACGGAAGAGGGGUCCAAACUGGUGCUGAAGGGGAAUCUGAGAACAUCAGUACAUUUCAAGAAGCAUAGACAUGGCAGAUGGGCAUCUGUAAAAAUGAAAGAUAUAAUGUAUAGAUUGAAUUAAACAGUAGCAUCACAUACAGGAUGAGGCCCUACCUGGUAGAAUCUUUGCAUAAGCUUCAUUAAUUGAAACAGAAUUACAGAAGUGUUACACCUGGACCAUUGUCUGUGUACAGUGUACAACUUUUUUUUCUUUUCUUUAUGGACUUGAUGUAUGCAAUAUACCCAGUACCGACCGUACAUGUAUCUCAUUACACUGCUGAUUAAAAAAAAGCAAAUG